AUGUCGAUUGAGCUAGACUGGCCGCAGGUCACGCAGGAGCUCGCAGAUGGCCUGCGUGAUCGCCUGAAUGCGGUGCUAGCCGAGGCGCCGCUGCCCUCGUUCAUGGGCCCUGUCCAUAUCCACACACUUGCGUUCGGCACCGACGCCCCCGACGUGGAGCUGCAGCACCUCGGCGACCUUUGGCCCGAGUUCCGCGAGGCGGUGUGCGGCCGGCGUAUGGACUCGCGAGCCUCGACGCCGCCCACAUCACGGAGCUCGUCCGGGAUACGUACGCCCACUGCGCCGAUGCGCAUGCGCACCUUUCGGCAGUACGACACCGAGGCGGCGCCAGUCUCGGUGCACUGCGACUCGGAGUCGAGCGAGUGGGGCGACGAGGACUCGCUGCUGCGCUGGAGCGAGACAGAUUCCGAUGCGGGCUGUACCGAGAGCCUCUACGCACCGAGCGAGCCGCCCGAGCAGGCCGACAGCACGAGCGGCACGCCGUCGGUCCAAGCGCACCUCGGCGUGCAGUGGGUGAGCAGCACGGUGCGCCUGCACCUCACGACCACGCUGCAGAUCCACCACGGCGACACGCCCGUGAUGGCACUGCCCAUGACACUCACCCUCACGGGCUUCGAGCUGAGUGGCCAAGUGAUCCUCGCGCUCGAUGGCGACGAAAAGUGCCUCUACGUGACGCUGUGCGAGCGCGGCGACGGCGAGACGCCGAGCGGCGUGCGCACGCGGCACAAGGCGGCGCGGAUCCUGCCGUUCCUCACGUUCGACUCGCGCAUCGGCGAGCCGACCAAGCACGUCUUGGAAAACGUCGGCAAGGUCGAGCGCUUCUGCGGCGACGUCGUGCGGCAGCUGCUCGACGCGGAGCUCGUCUUUCCCAACUUUUACACGCUAGCAUUACCUGAAUGA